AUGCGACACAGAACAUAUGGCCCACCAAGAAGAACCCAUGCCCAACAAUAUCCCUCGAGACUCGAGGCAAUUGAGAACCGCAGAAACAGAGUCGUGGCAAACGAGUACCUCGCAAGCAUCAGCGCUCAUUUGCAGACUCUGGAAAACAGCUCUCAGGCCAGUGCGGCCAUGAUUGACCUCCAGCCAGAGGUGAAAUGGUUCAUGAGACCGUACCUGGUCAACUUCAUAAUACAAAUGCACGCGUCGCUCAAAUUGAAGCCACAGACGCUGUUCCUGUGCUGGAACAUAAUAGACAGAUACUGCGCCAAACGCAUUGCGUUUAAGCAGCAUUACCAGCUCAUCGGAUGCACCGCUCUGUGGAUCGCGGCCAAGUACGAGGAUAAAAAGUCCAGGGUGCCUACCGUGUCCGAAUUGAGUCUCAUGUGCUCCAACGUGUACGACGAAAGCAUGUUCAAAGAGAUGGAGAUCCACAUUCUCAGCACGCUGGGCUGGUCGAUUGGCCACACCUCGCUCGAGGACAUUCUCCAGCUGUCCAUCAAAUUCUGCGACCACGACGGCAAAGAAACCCUUGCCAAGCCGCUAGACCAGUACAAGUCAAACUCGCCAACCGUGAGCGCCAUCUUGGCCAUCAGCAGAUAUCUUUGUGAGCUGUCGCUGUACGAGCGCAACUACCUCAACUACAAGACUUCCAUGAUAGGCAUUGCAGCGCACUUGAUGGCCUGCUCGAUGCUCAAGCUCGAGACAGGUUCCAGUUGGCUCGAGUCUGUCUAUGUUCAGUACCAGAGCAGCAAAUUCCGGACAAAGUCUAAACAACAGCUGCCGACGCCGGUGACUCCAUCCAAGAGCUUCAAAUAUUUUAACGACGACACGAGUGAUAUUCACGAUGCAGACAUGGACCACUUCCAGUCCACAGAAAGCAUCAACAACGCAUAUGGUCCAUUCAUCAACGGAUUCGAAGGAUUGGAAACAAUCUCUCAGCUCCGCCAGCUCUCGCUCAUGCUUCUUAAAUCGCUACUCAACCCUGCAGAAGUUUUGAUCGAGAAGUACUCGCAACUCGGGGUGAUCACAGUGAUCAAGAACUUUGUCACCGAAAAUCACCUCGAACAUCUACAACACAGCAAGGAACUGGACGACAUCGAAAACCUAUCUCCAGCAACGGCAGACGAGCUCUCGAACUUGUUGCUCAAUCUCGAGCACUACCCAGAGCUGACGCAGCUGCCUCGGCCACAGGCUCAAUUUGCGCAAAUAUAUCAUUCUCCAACUCUCAACAAGUCGACCUCAUCACCAUUCAACUCGCCUUCCAAAUUCUCCUCGUUCAGUUCCGUUUCGUCGCAAACGACGUGUGAUUCCUCUUACGAAGAGCUGGCUCAACGAAAGAUGUAUUACCAAAAUGCCGGCAUGCCGAGAUACCCAGAUUCGUCGCCGAUUCUCAACACCCCUCAAUAA